AUCAUAAUAACAUUCAUUGCAUAGAACACCCACCACAAAAACAUUUAAUGGUCGAAAUUUUUUGGCAUUUAAAAUUAGGCCCUGCUGCGAUACUUUAUUUUGGUUACAUGAUUGGCAACAAUAAAUCGUUUGAGACAUCUUCAUCAGCACGAAAAAUAACUGGUAUUGCAUUUGACUUGCUACUCGCAGCAGAACGUCGGAAUACAAGGGCGGAGAGAAUACUGGACGUCUCCCCCAACCUCGGAUUAUAGGCAUCGACCGGUGCUGUUACCACUUGUGAAAAUACUCGCCCGACCUCGCUGGAUACGUUGAAUGCGCUCUAACCGUUUUGAAACUCGUGGGCCCCGUUUCACAACUUACGAUACUUAAUACUCUGAACUUUAUACUGGUCACUUAGUCAAAAUUUUUUUGUGCCUAACUAUUAUUAUAUUUCCAAAAUACUAAGAGGCCUAUUUUUAAUUAGAUUUUUUUUUGCAUUUCAGGGAGAAAAUAGUUUUUUGUGACGAAGAUAGUAAUUGGCCUGCGCUGAUUACAGAGUCAGUGAAUUUGAAAACUUCUUGGGAUGACUUGAUGGGAAACAGAAUUUUUAAUCCUGCUUAUGUUUUUCCAUUCAUGCUUAAUUUGCAAGCUCAGCACACAAGACAGUGUACGGCAGGGACCUUACAAUUCACAAAAGAAAUAAGGAAAGGCAUAGAAUGUCAGUGGUUGCUGGAGUGUGAUGGCUGUCAUCGUGAAUUCAGAAUUUGCAAUGAAAAACCUGGCAAUGAAACACUUAAUAGUGCAGCUGCUUGGGCAGCUAUUACAAGUGGAAUCGGGUACACGCAGCUUGAAAAUGUGCUGAAUGUCCUCGAAAUACCUGCUAUGAGCAAAAAUACAUUUUUCAAGAAUGAAAUCCAUUUGGAAAAGGUAACUUAAUUUUCGUACAACGACUUUCAAAUAAUUUAGAAAAAAAUUUUAAACACUCAAUAUUAUGAUAUGCAAUAAUUUCCUUAAAUUUACAGGUAUGGAAUGACUACUUGGAAACAACCAUCACAGAAGCAGGUGCACUGGAACGUAGACUAGCUGUGGAAAAAGGAGACGUGGAUGAAUAUGGUGUCCCUUUUGUUACCGUAAUUGUGGAUGGAGGCUGGAGCAAACGGAGCUACGGGCAUAACUACAACGCAGCAUCUGGAGUGGCUGUUAUCAUUGGCCAGGCUACUGGUAAGCUGCUUUUUAUUGGUGUCCGCAACAAAUACUGCUGUAUAUGUGAGCGAGCAGCAAAGCAGAAUGUCCCAGGGAUACCCCAUGUGUGUUAUAAGAAUUGGGACAAGUUAAGAGCUUCGACUUCAAUGGAGCAAGAUAUUCUCGUAGAAGGUUUCAAGAAUAGCGAAGCAAUGCAUGGGCUGAAAUACAAAUAUUUUGUUGGUGAUGGCGACUCGAGCGUUUAUGCUGGACUCGUGCAAAAUGUUUCGUACGGACGCUCUAUCCACAAAAUAGUGUUUUCCAACCACUGUGUUAAGAACUAUACAAGUGCUCUCCACAAACUUUCAUCCGACAAAAACUUUCCCACCGAAGCAAGAAAAAUCUUGAAAUCGUCCAUUCCUCGUUUUACAGUAGCAGCGAGAAGUGCCAUUCGACACUGUGCCAAUUCUGGUGACAAAGUUGAAGAUCUGAUAAAAGAUUUAAGCAAUGGCCCUUAUCAUGUCUUUGGUGAGCACUCUAACUGCAGUAAAUACUUUUGCUCCCAAGAAAGCUCGAACUGCUACAUUGAAUCUCUUAAGGAUUCCAAAAUAUUUGAUCAGGUUGAAAGUCUAGUAAACAGAUUGGUUGCUAAAGCACCAAGACUCAUAGCAGAUAAGACAAGCAACCAAGCAGAAUUUUAUAUGAGUCUCCUGGCGAAGUACAACGCCGGUAAAAGGAUUAAUUUCACACAAAGGGGAUCCUUCAAGCGUCGAUGUACUGUUGCUGGAAUGCGAUUCCAGAAAGGCCACACUUGGGAGAUCAGCCCUUUUAAGAAACUGACUGGAAGAAGUCCAGGAAUGGUACACAAGAAGUUAAUCAAAAAAAGAGUUCGACAGCAUGUGACUAUUACACGUUGUAAAUUGGAAUAUUCUGAAACCGACAAGCCAGUUAAACGACAUAAAGUCUUCACGCCUGCUGACGAAGACUACGGGCCUGAUUCAGAGGAACCUGAGGAUUUAAAUAAUGUGCAAAGAAAAUGCGAAGAAUUUCUUAAAACUUUGAGUGUGACAGCAGAAAGCCGUGACCAUAUUGUUCAACAGACGAUUGGACAGUCAGAUUGUGAACUGUGGCAUGAAGCCAGAAGAAUACGUCUCGCAGCCAGCAAUUUCGGGCCAGUUUGCCGGAGGAAAGAGACGACUUCUUGCUCUUCCCUCGUCAAGCAACUUCUGUACAAGCCACCAGUAACAACAGCUGCAAUAGAAUACGGACGAUCAAAUGAGUGUGUUGCAAUAAAACGUUUUAAAAAGAAGAAACUGGUUUGUUUGUUGAAAAAUGUGGUUUAUUUGUUGACUUGGCAUACGGGUUUCUAGGAGCAAGUCCUGAUGGCUUAUUGGUUAUUGAGGGAUGAAAAUUCAAUCAUCGAAGUGAAAUGUGUUCCUUCAGCCAUUGGAAUCGGGCUCAAAGAAAUGGCCAAACAGAAGAAAAGUUUCUUUUUAGAAGAAAAUGAAGGAAAAUUAAUUCUGAGGAAAACACACAAUUAUUUUUAUCAAAUUCAAGGGACACUGAACAUUUCAGAACGAGAUGCUUGCUACUUGAUAGUGAUGAGUGACCUGAAAGAAAAUCUGCAUAUUGAAAAGGUUUACAAAGAUGUUGUAUUUUGGGAGAGAGAAAUGGUUCCGAAACUUCGUCGGUUUUAUAUUCACUGUUUGUUACCGGAGAUUGUAGAACCAAAUGUGAGCAGGGGUAAACGUAUUCGUGAACCUGAAUAUAUCCUAAAAGCGCAAGAGGAACAGAAGAAAAAACUGUGCACCAAGAAAAGAAAAGAAGGCGAGAUGAAGAGUGUAUGUAAAUAAUUUAAUUCAGUGCCAACAAACAGAACUUGCAUGAAAGUAGGUUUAAGGUUAGUUCGUAGACUCAAUGAAUUGCGAGACAGCAAUACCAUAAUAUUUCUUGUAAGGCGAAUCAGUGGUUGAUUUUAGAAGUAACUGAUUUCAUUUAUCAUAGAUUUUGCAGAAAAUUAAGCAAUUUGUGGCUCUGAGUUAAUGAAAAAGUAUUGUUCGAGUAUUUUUUGUCGUGUAUACAAUAUUAUUAUUAUUUCUCGUUGGUUUUGUGCAUUCACUCUACGUCUUACGUAACACAAUUUAAAAAUGGCUUAGUGUUAACAGACUACUGACUUUAUUCCUUAACUUAAGCUAUUUAAUGAUAACUUUCAUACAUACUUGAUAGUAAUUGAAGAAUAAUUUCAUAAUGAUAUGCAUACUCUUUGUGAUCAAAUUGUAACAAUAACAUCCACCCAAAAUAUUAUACCUACUGCAAUUAAGUUAAGGUUUUACAAUGGGCUAAUUUUAUUUACAUUUUACAAUUAUCCUUUUUUUUUUACACGCUUUUAUUAACUUCACUUGUAACUAACUAACUAACUAGGUAACUAUGUAACUAGCUAAUUAUGUAACUAGCUAACUAUGUAAUCAAACAUUGUAAGUUUAUUUUAACCUACUUCUAAUUGUCUUAUCGCUUUUAAACUUUGCAAGUUUAUGUAACCCAGAUAACAAAACAAUUUCGUACCAUCGAACUGAUCUCACUUGUAACUAAGUAAAUAACGAGCUAUGUAAACAAAUUUUACAAGUCGGUUUUAACCAACUUCUAAUGGUCGUAUGGAUUUGAAAAUUUGCAACUUUCUAUAAUCCAGAUGUAUGUAUGUAUACAUAUUACAGAGUCAAGAGCCCCGUAUGUAAUGGACGGGACUUGCAAACCAUGUACCAAGUACAUAGCUCUACACAGCUCUACACAAUUCAUGCUGACAUUGGCUGUACAUUACUCCUGGUUAUAAUUAUCCAGCCAGGUCCGAAUACUCUCUUUCGAAAAAAUGUAAAUAUUGUCAGAAUUUUAUGUACUAAUUUAAAUAUUUCGUCAGCGAGAUUUAAGCUAUCAUUAAUGAAAGACAUUAGAUAUAACUUAGGCUAGGAAAACAAAACUCACGAUCGCAAGAGAAUGGAGGCUUCGGUAGACCUCAAGUAGAAGGUCAAUCAUCUCAUAUGCCAGUGUUUCUCAGCUGUUUGAAGGUUAGGUAAUAAUAGACUCGGUAAUAAAGGUUUUUUUUUUACUUUUGAAUUCCAUACGAUUUUAAGUUUAUCAAUUUUAAUUUCGUAACAUGGAUUCAGAAAUUAAACGAAAAGCUAAAUGAAAAUACAUGUCUCAUCUAGAACAAAAGUGUAUUGAAGUUACUAACUGGAAGCACCCGUAGAAAAUCAGCAAUUUAUGGUCAGUAAUAUCCAUCAGCACGCGAAGAAUACCAACAAAAUAUUGUCAGCAAUAACCAGCAGCACACUGAGAAAAUAAACAUAUUGAACGGAGUAACAACAGCACGCAGAGAAAAUGCAAGGAAAUAUUCACAGGAAAAAGCAGAAGUACACAAAAAAAAAAAUCAAAUUUUUGCAUGAAAAAAUUGGAGCACUUGGAGAAAACCUUCAGAGAGAGAAUUUCAAAUCAAAUCCUGGCUUGUAAACUCUUCGCUUAAGCAACUGGAGAGUCAUCCGGAUUAGAUAUACUUACAAAGUUUCAAAUCUAUACGACAGAAGUAGUUUAAAAUCGACUGCCAAUAUUAGUAUACGAAAUUUACUAACAAUAUAUAUCUUAGGAUUAUUAAUAGAAAAAAUGACAACGGGAAUGCAUGUCGCUAAUUUAUGCAAUCGGAUUAAUAUUUAUUUAAAUUAUAUAUAUCAAUAUUAUACAAUUUGAAGUAGUUUAAAAUGGACUUUUUAAAUUUGUAAAUACAAUGUCUCGUUGAGAACCACGUAGUUCUAUUUAAUUUUGACAUAUCGCCCCAAGCCUAUUAUUAACUUAGUCAU